AUGACACAUGGAGAAACUGAAGUAUCACUUCAGGACCAAAAACGUCACUCGGUGGCAAAGUCGCAAGCGUCAAAGGAAGCCAAACGCAGUCAUACUUACAAUGUCACAUCUUCGGGGCCCUCGCAGUUCGGGACUACAGCCCAACUCCGCCGAGCGGUACCGUGCCCUCAGCCCCGCGCCGAGACGCGCCGGCCCGGCCCUCCCCUCCCCCCGCAGCACCCCGCGCCACAGCCGCGCCUCCCGCAGCGGGGGGAGCCCCCUGCCGGCUGCAGCCCGCGCGACAACGCCGCAAGCCGAGCUCCGCGCCCGCCGCCCUCCGCCGGAGCCACCUGCACCCCCCGCCCACCUCCGCCGGCUGCGCCGCACGGCGCUCCCAACGCCGUUCUCCCACGGACGCCGCUCGCGGUCCCCAGCCCGGAGCCCGCCCGGGGCAGCGCAUCGGCGGCCGCCGGUGACAGCGACCGCGGAGCGAGCGGCGCCGAAUUCCGCACCGCUACCUUUGUGCCCUCCCCGGGAAGCGGCGAGAACGCGAAGGGAGCCCCGAACCGCUGCCUUACCUCGCCGGGCAAGGAGAGCAGGAGUUGA